AUGUUUAUGAUAUUAGUCAGCAUCUGCCUUGGUGCCAUCAUUCUAAGCGGAUGCCAACGGCUUCUCCACCCAUCGACCGUCCUUUCGACCUUUAUCCACAGCCCUCAAUCGGCAAUGUCCUCGAAUCUGAUUGUUCUUCCCCGUCCUGGGCAGAUAACAACUGGCCAGGCAAUCCCCAGCCCUUCCGAAGCCGCUUUCGUGAGAACUUUCGGCCAGCUCUUGCCAGCGGCGUCCUAUCUGUACACUCAGAACGGCAGAAUCGCCUAUUACAGUCAGUCACCAGAAACGAACGACCCUACAGCAACAAUUCGCCGGGUCUUAUUUAUUCACGGAGUCCAGACACCUGCCAUUGGACUGCAGCCAUUAUCAAAGGAGCUCUUUUCGCGCUUUCCUUCCGCACAAGGUGUUCUUGUUGAUCUGUGGGGCCACGGGCUGACAGAUACACCCUUUGCACCCCAUGAGCCGGCCCUUUUUCACCAGCUCAUCGAGGACUUGAUGACACAUCUGGGGUGGCGCGAUGCUCACAUGAUCGGGUACUCCUUUGGUGGGUCGACAACGGCCACGUUCGCUGCCGCGCGGCCUGAUCGUGUCUCGUCUAUGGUGCUUGUCGCACCUGCAGGUCUCUUACGCGACGCUCAUUUCACAGACGAGGAAAGAAGCUAUCUCCGCGGCGGCGAUGACGGGCUGGAAGAGGCUGCAAAGGACUGGAUUCUAGAGUUCCUCGAGGGGGGACGGUUGACCGUGCCAUCCAACUGGGAGGAGAGGGUCGCACGGGGCGAGGUCGUCGCAGAGGCUGUCCGAGACUGGGAGCUGAAAAAUCAUCCAGGACAUCAGGCAAGCGUGAUUGGCGUGUUUCGGGAUGGAGGGGUGCUUGACAGACACGCCGAGUUCCUUCGAGCUGCAAAAGGUGGUGUUCCAGUGUUAUGUGUCCUCGGGGAGACAGACGAUAUUUGUAAGGCUGAGGAUCUCUACGAAGUCGGGUUGAAGAAUGUUGCUGUGGUUCCUGGUGUAGGACACGGCGUCGUCAGAGAACGAGUACCAGAGGUUGUUCACCUCAUUGACACUUUCUGGAGAGCUCACCUAGAUACCAGACUUUGCAAUGUUGUACCAUCGAGCUCUAUAUUACUCCUCUCGCUUACCCUCAACAGUGUCGCUGUGCGUAGGUCCAGGGUCACACCUACCUCCGUCGUGCUGUUCGAUAUCCAGCAGAAGAAGCAACUAGCGGAGUUGACUAUGAGCGGCAUCAAGUACGUAGAACCCAUUGCGCUGAAGCUAUGGAGUUCUUGGGGGCCUGGCUGCUUGCCAGUCCAAUUCACACACGAUAUCAACGAGGACACCCUGAAUGUGCUGGGUGCUAGUUAUGUAGGGCACGAACGCAAAGACUAA